ACAACGCAUCUCUGAACCUCUUCUAUAAAUAUUCACUUGGCCGUGGCUUCUGUAACUCCACGUAUAUCAAAGGUGUCAUUUAAAGUUUGAUCAUUUCUUCUUUGAGUAUAUAGGGUAGUACUCAAAAUGGCAGCUUCAGAAACUGUUCUACGUGUUCCAUUGGGAUCUUUAUCUCAAUCUUGUUGUCUAGCUUCUUUCUUUGUUAACUCCACUCCAAACCUCUCGUUUAAACCCGUUAGUAUAAACAGAAAGGGCGUCCGGUGUACAAGCUCGCAUGAGUUCUCAACCGUAUCUAACUCCGCGGUGCGAGGGAAUUCAUUUCAUAGUUCAAACUGUUCUUUGAAAGGUAAAAAGUUUGUUUGCAAAUGCCAAAAACAUGAUGUUGAGGAGAGCAUCAGAUCCACGGUACUUCCUUCUGACGGUUUGAAAAGCGACUUGGAUGAAAUGCCUCUACCUGUAAAUGGAAGUCUUUCAUCUAAUGGUAAUGCACAAUCAGUUGGAACAAAGUCUAUUGAGGAUGAAGCUUGGGAUCUAUUGAGGCAGUCUGUUGUUUUCUAUUGUGGAAGUCCUAUUGGAACCAUUGCUGCGAAUGACCCGAGCUCUACUAGUGUUCUGAAUUAUGAUCAGGUCUUCAUUCGUGAUUUCAUACCCUCGGGGAUUGCCUUUCUUCUUAAGGGGGAGUAUGAUAUUGUUCGCAAUUUCAUCCUUUACACCCUCCAGUUACAGAGUUGGGAAAAAACCAUGGAUUGCCAUAGCCCAGGUCAAGGUUUGAUGCCUUGUAGUUUCAAGGUGAAAACUGUUCCUCUUGAUGGCGAUGAUUCAAUGACCGAAGAAGUUUUAGAUCCUGAUUUUGGGGAAGCAGCUAUUGGACGUGUUGCCCCGGUAGAUUCUGGCUUGUGGUGGAUUAUAUUAUUAAGAGCAUAUGGAAAAUGCACGGGUGAUCUUUCAGUGCAGGAAAGAGUUGAUGUGCAGACCGGAAUCAAGAUGAUCUUGAAACUGUGUCUUGCUGAUGGUUUCGAUAUGUUCCCUACUUUAUUAGUCACUGAUGGGUCCUGCAUGAUAGACCGUCGAAUGGGAAUCCAUGGUCAUCCCCUGGAGAUUCAGGCACUCUUUUAUUCGGCUUUGGUCUGUGCACGUGAGAUGCUUACGCCAGAGGAUGGGUCAGAUGAUCUAAUCCGAGCUCUCAACAAUCGUCUUGUUGCAUUAAAUUUCCACAUCAGGGAAUACUACUGGCUGGACCUGAAAAAAAUUAAUGAAAUAUACCGUUACCAGACCGAAGAAUACUCUUAUGAUGCGGUUAAUAAAUUCAACAUCUAUCCAGAUCAGAUCCCCUCAUGGUUAGUUGAUUUUAUGCCCAACAGAGGAGGAUAUUUGAUUGGAAACCUUCAGCCCGCCCACAUGGAUUUCAGAUUCUUUACUCUGGGGAACCUUUGGUCUAUAGUGAGCAGUUUGGCUACAAAUGAUCAGUCACAUGCAAUUCUUGAUCUCAUUGAAGCCAAAUGGGCAGAGCUUGUAGCAGACAUGCCGCUCAAGAUCUGUUACCCUGCUAUGGAAGGUGAAGAAUGGCGAAUUAUAACCGGAAGUGAUCCAAAGAACACUCCUUGGUCUUAUCACAAUGGAGGUGCCUGGCCAACUUUGUUAUGGCAGCUGACAGUAGCAAGCAUCAAAAUGGGUAGACCAGAGAUUGCAGAAAAGGCGGUUGAGUUAGCCGAGAGACGGAUUUCCUUAGACAAAUGGCCCGAGUACUACGAUACCAAAAGAGCAAGAUUCAUCGGUAAACAGGCACGGCUUUACCAGACUUGGUCCAUUGCAGGUUACCUUGUGGCCAAGCUUCUCUUGGCAAAUCCAGCUGCAGCAAAGUUCCUCACUAGUGAAGAGGAUUCGGAUUUGAGAAACGCAUUCUCUUGCAUGAUCAGCGCUAACCCGAGAAGGACAAGAGGACCCAAAAAGGCUCAACAACCAUUUAUUGUAUGAGAAGCUCAGACUUAUUUUUUUCAAAUUGAGCCAUGGAGGCAUAUGUACCUUCAACAGAAUGAUACAAAAACUAGAUUAUUGUUGUGUAAAUAGUCUCUCUUAGAAACUUACAUAAAAAAAGAUAAUGGUAUUU